UUCUAAAAUUUUCACCAAGAGAAAAACAUCGCGGCAUAAGGAAAUCCGUCAGCGGAAAAGGGCGUUCUAUUUUGGGGGGCAGAGUCCAACAUGGCGGCGUACAUAUGUCGGUUUAGGGCACUAAGGAGGUUUCAGAAGUAUGGACUGUCAGCUUACCGAAAGUACAGCAGUGGAAGCAGCUAUCCUAAUGUCCCUCUCUCUAGUCCUUUACCAUACAUCCCUAAACCAGUUUUUGCAACAGUUGAUGGAGAAGAAAGAUACGAAACUAGAAUAACUGUGCUGGAAAAUGGGCUGCAGGUGGCAUCACAAAAUAAAUUUGGACAGUUUUGCACAGUAGGGAUUCUGGUAAAUUCUGGAUCAAGACAUGAAGCAAAAAGGCUCAGUGGCAUUUCACAUUUUAUUGAAAAGUUAGCAUUUUCUUCUACAGCUCAGUUUGGAAGCAAGGAUGAAAUUUUGUUGACGUUGGAAAAACAUGGAGGCAUCUGUGACUGUCAGACAUCAAGAGAUACAACCAUGUAUGCUGUGUCUGCUGAAACAAAAGGCUUGGAUACAGUUGUCAGUUUAUUGUCGGAUGUGGUGCUACAGCCAAGGCUAACAGAUGAAGAACUUGAGAUGACACGUAUGGCUAUCCGAUUUGAGCUCGAAGAUUUAAAUAUGAGGCCUGAUCCUGAACCUCUCCUUACUGAAAUGAUUCAUGCGGCAGCAUACAGAGAAAACACAAUAGGGCUUUCUCGGUACACCCCAUCAGAGAACAUUGAUAAAAUUGACCAGAAGUUACUUCACUCUUAUAUGCAGACUUACUUCAUCCCUGAAAGGAUGGUGCUUGCAGGAGUGGGAGUAGAACAUGAACAGCUUGUAAAUUGUGCCAGGAAGUACCUUCUUGGAGUUUCACCUGUGUGGGGAAUUGCAAAACAAGCAGAUGUGGACAAGUCUGUUGCACAGUACACUGGUGGAAUCAGUAAGAUUGAAAAGGACAUGUCUGAUGUAAGCCUAGGUCCCACACCAAUUCCCGAACUUACUCAUAUCAUGAUUGGAUUAGAAAGCUGCUCAUUCCUGGAGGAUGACUUUAUUCCCUUUGCUGUGUUGAAUAUGAUGAUGGGAGGAGGAGGCUCAUUCUCUGCAGGUGGCCCAGGGAAGGGCAUGUUUACCAGGCUAUAUCUGAAUGUUCUUAACAGGCAUCACUGGAUGUAUAAUGCAACGUCGUAUCAUCACAGCUAUGAAGAUACAGGGCUUCUUUGCAUUCAUGCGAGUGCUGAUCCUAGACAGGUCAGAGAAAUGGUGGAGAUCAUAACAAGGGAAUUUAUCUUAAUGUCAGGAGCUGUUGGAGAGAUGGAGUUGGAGCGUGCCAAAACACAGCUGAAGUCCAUGCUUAUGAUGAACCUGGAAUCACGACCUGUUAUUUUUGAGGAUGUAGGGCGGCAGGUGCUGGCAACAGGCACAAGGAAGCUUCCUCAUGAGUUAUGUAAUCUUAUCAAUAACGUGAAGCCAAAUGAUAUUAAAAGGGUUGCAACAAAAAUGCUUCGUAACAAACCGGCUGUGGCAGCACUGGGAGAUCUGACAGAACUGCCAACAUACGAACACAUUCAGGCAGCCUUAACCAGCAAAGAUGGACGGUUACCAAGAAUAUACAGACUUUUCCGAUAAAAUCAGGGAACUAAAAGUUGAUGAACUGUACAGGCCACUGUCUUUGGAAUGCUGUGGUUAUGGACACAGUAUAUUCUGGUACAUAUGUGAAAGACUACUUGCACAAGCCUAUUUUUCCCAGACUUAAAAUUUUAGCUGCUUGAACAAUUUUACUAUUAUCUACAUGUUGGGCUUGUUUUCCUUUGGUCAGUAUUUUGUUGCAUACAGUGGUUUAUAUACAUUGUGAAAAAGUGGUAUAGUAAGGGUUCAGGGCCCUGUCUUUGUACAGUAAAUGUUUCCAAAAACUAAGGUACAUUAACAGUUCUGUUUAAUCAUACCAUAUAAUUAUUUAUUUAUAGGGAGUGGAGGGUAAAGAGCAAGUCUUAUUGAGUGAAACAGUAUACUCUGAACUUCUGUAAGCAGCCUUUUAGAACUGUGAUCUUUUUAUACCUUUAUAAGAGUUUAACACAUCCCAAAAGGUGGUAAACUCAUGCACACUGUAGCUGUAAAGGCAGAUUCCUUACUAAAGAAUUUGAGAACAUUA